GCCUGGAGGGAGGGGGAACCAGGGACCAAUCAGAUGUUGACACGAGUGAGUGAGACCCUUUCUAUAAAACUAGGUUUUCCCCCAAAAUCUGUGUGAAGUAUCCACAGUGUCAGUCCAAUACAGUCCACGUGUCAGCUGAAGGACCUGAUCAACCUUUCGGCCAGGGUCUCCUCCCACUAUAGCUAGCUCGUGUCAUGUCGUCUUCAUUGUCGCCUUGGACCUGUUCCUGGCACCUCAUCAUGCUUCUGGUGACUGCUCUGCUGGUCAGCUGUGCCUGGAGUGCGGAGAUAUCCUCUUAGCUACGUCACUGGAAUUUCUAGGAAGUAGGAGCUGAUAGAAUAAAAAGGCUGUGAGCUGAAGGCAAAGGGCACACUGUGACUGGCAGCUCUCCACUGCAUCUUAGCAUAAGAAUCACCACAGUGACUUAGCAAAGGAAAACAGUCGCUGAAGACACAUCUUUACCAGGCUGCUACGUAGCACCAGGCAUCACAGCCACAAUCUCCAUUUCUUCAAAGAGCAAAGUGAAGAGAAGUUCCCCAGAAACAUGAUUGGCCUGUGGUUCCUCUCUGUUCUCACUUACGGACUUAUGGUGCUUGAGGAGGGCAAUUGCUGGACAUACCACUAUUCAGAAAAAAGCAUGACCUAUAAGCUUGCGGAGGAAUGGUGUAGGAAACACUAUACAAAUAUGGUUGCCAUUCAGAAUAAGGAGGAAAUUGUCCAUCUGAAUGCAUUUCUACCCUUCAAUCCAACUUAUUACUGGAUUGGAAUCAGAAAGAUUGAUAAUGAGUGGACCUGGGUUGGAACAAGAAAACGGCUGACUGAAGAGGCUAAAAACUGGGCUGAGGGUGAACCAAACAACAAAAAGAAUGAUGAGGACUGUGUUGAAAUCUACAUCAAAAGAGGGAAGGAUGCAGGCAAAUGGAAUGAUGAAAGAUGCAGCAAACAGAAGGUUGCCUUGUGCUACGCAGCUUCCUGUAACCAGUCUUCCUGCAGUGGCCAUGGUGAAUGCCUGGAGACCAUUAACAAUCAUACCUGCCUCUGUGAUGCUGGAUUCUAUGGGCCUGAAUGCCAGCAUGUUGUGACUUGUGACCAACUAAAAGAACCCGAUCAAGGGACGCUGGAGUGCAGCCAUCCACUGCAGAACUACAGCUACAACUCAUCCUGUGAGGUUCAGUGUGCAGAAGGCUAUGAAUCAACUGGGUUUGAACCAGUUUGGUGUACCUCUUCCGGAAACUGGUCUGCACCCACUCCAGCAUGUAGAGUUGUGCAGUGUGAUGGCUUAAAGGCUCCAGCUCAUGGCUCCAUGACGUGUUCUCCUGCCUCUGGGAACUUUCUGUGGAAUUCAACCUGUGAGUUUACCUGUGAAGAAGGGUUUGUGUUGAAGGGAUCAGACAGGCUGCAGUGCGGCGCUUCUGGAGAGUGGGAUGGACAGCAGCCGGAAUGCGAAGGAUUGAACUGGAUCACUAAAAUACAGUGGUAGACUAGCAGGCCACUGCUCUGAUCACUAGAUAACACUUCCUCAUUUACGUGCACUGUGAAUGAGUAAAACACUGACAAACUUAAUACCCUUGGCUCAUGGGAUUGUAAAU